UCACUGCUAAAGUAGAGUUGUGUUGCUUCAUUUUUGGUGCAUGUUUUAGCACUGCUCAUAGCUGCUGCCUGCUACAGCUUCAUUAGUGGCGUGAAACACUUCAAGGAAUUAUGAAUCAAGAGAAGCUUGCCAAACUUCAGGCACAAGUCCGAAUAGGUGGAAAGGGAACAGCCCGCAGGAAGAAAAAGGUUGUUCACAAAACUGCGACGGCAGAUGACAAAAAACUCCAGGGCUCAUUGAAGAAACUGGCAGUGAACAACAUCGCAGGGAUAGAAGAGGUCAAUAUGAUAAAAGAUGAUGGGACGGUGAUCCACUUCAACAACCCGAAGGUACAGGCAUCUCUGUCUGCCAACACCUUUGCCAUCACUGGCCACGCUGAGACCAAGCAGCUGACAGAGAUGCUGCCGGGGAUCCUGAGCCAGCUGGGAGCUGACAGCCUCAGCAGUCUGCGCAAGCUGGCCGAGCACUUCCCAAGGCAGUCAAUGGAAAUGAAAACCGUCAAGGAGGAUAAUGUAGAAGAGGAGGAUGAUGAUGUACCAGAUCUCGUGGAGAACUUUGAUGAGGCCUCAAAGAAUGAAGCAAACUGACAAAUCCUUUAUCUUCUCCAGCCGUUUUUACCUGUUGUGGACUCGCAAAAGGCAUUUUUUUCCUUGUGAGGGAAACGGUUGUUUAAGGUGUGCAGCAGCAUCAUCAUCUGCAACAGCACAAACCUUUUUGGUUUAUUCUGCCGCAACACGCAGAUACAGUAGAUUCUGAUUUCAGUAGGUUUAAAUAUCGUGAACCCACCUCGAGAGAUCAGAAUCUGUACAACUCUCAGCACCCAAAGGACUCUACUGCUUUAUAAAUAAGCUUUCGACAUGCAUAAUUAUGGCUAGUAUUUAACAGAUUGUUUAUUAAAUGACAAUAAAAGCAACUGAAGCCUUCACCAAACAUAGUGGUGAUCAUAAAUUUAAUAAGGUUUUUUUUUUUUUUUCUGGCUAGUGAUUCUUUCCUUUAUUACUUGACUUUUUUUUCAGUGUCGGCCCUGGAAGCAUAUCUGAUAAUGGAAAUCCAAAAAGAACAAAAUGGCAGUAUUUUAUUUUCAUAUAAUUUUGCUGUGAUGGACAGUUAGAGUUAGUGGGUGCAAACUUUACAUGUGAAGUAUUUGUCAUUGUUGCUCAUUUUAUAAAUGGAAUAAACACAGUAACAACUAAUG